GCUGAAGUGCUGCGAAGUGCUGAAAAUAAAAAUAAAAUAAAAUUUUUAAUUUGAAGGGGAACGUUAAAAAAUUAUUAUGUCAGUGAACAUGCCAAAAAUAAUUUUUAUGGUUAUCAUAUUGGUGACCCUAACAACCCAAGAAGAUGUUGCCUCCAAUAUGAGUGAUGAAGAUUUUUCCAAAAUCUCCGAAGACUUUGGCUUCAAGCUUUUCGCUCAACUCUCGAAAUCGGAUGAGAAGAAAAAUGUAAUUUUUUCACCAUUCUCCAUACAAACUUCUCUAGCCAUGGCACGGAUGGGCGCUGCUGGCGCAACCGCUGUAGACAUGGACAAUGGCCUAGGCUUUCCUCCAGUGACAGAAGAAACUUUGGCCGAGAAAUAUUUUGAAGUUCUGUCCCCAUAUACCAAUAGCAAUGUUUUGAAGAUAGCCAAUAAGAUUUAUGUCAUGAAGGACUAUAAAGUCAAAGCAAUGUACAACGAAUUGUUGCAGCAAAAAUUUAUUUCCCAAGCAGAAAAUAUCAAUUUUGCUGAAAAUGAUAUGGCAGCAAAGAAAAUCAACUCAUGGGUCGAAACAAAAACGAAUCAUUUAAUUCAGAACCUUAUAUCACCGAGCAUGUUAAAUAACGACACUCGUUUGGUUAUAUUGAAUGCCAUACAUUUUAAGGGUGAAUGGUUGAAAAAGUUUGCCGAAUUUUCAACUCGAGACAAAGAUUUCUAUUUGGAUGAAACAAACACAGUCAAAGUGAAAAUGAUGCAUGUAAAAGCAAGUUUCCGUUAUGGCGAAUAUCCCGAAUUGAAUGCCUCUGCCUUGGAAAUGCGUUAUAGAAACUCGGAUUUGUCAAUGCUGGUACUUCUUCCAAAAUCUCGUACUGGUUUGGCGAAAUUGCAAAAGGAUCUGAGAUCUGUUUCAUUGAAUGCACUCACGAGAAGAAUGUAUACCACCGAGGUUAUUGUAGAUUUCCCUAAAUUCAAGGCAGAUUUUAGCAUAGAAUUGAGUGGUGUACUUAAAGAGUUGGGUAUGGAGCGCAUCUUCUCUAAGGAGGCGGAUUUUAGUAACAUGUUGAACUCUGCUGAACGUCUGGCGAUUUCCAAAGUCAUUCACAAGGCUUUUAUUGAAGUAAAUGAAAAGGGGACAAGAGCCACAGGUUCAACAAUGGUGAAUGCAUAUUCGGCAAGACCACGAGUACCACCUCCGCCUAAAAUCUUCAAUGCCGAUCAUGGAUUUUACUAUUUUGUAAGGAAUGCAAAAGGAAUUAACGUGUUUCAGGGUUCCCAAGUUUCGUUUUAA